AUGUCUACCACGACCACAAAAUUACUUGUUGUAGAGAGUCAAACUCGUUCUGAAGUUGUGAUAUACCUCCGGGCACUUUUGCUGCGGCAUGGGGCAAGAAUGCCCGAAUCGGCUCUGGUUGGAACUGCCCGGAAGUCGCUGCAAUGGAUGAAUACUGUUCGUAGUGUUAUACAACAGUAUCGUGCCAUUCUCAAUGUUUCCACCAAAUUCCCAAAGGCUGGUGAACGAAAUCAUACAGUUGAGGAUUACGUGGAACAAUGUGUUGCAGUAUGGGAGGUUAGUGGAGGUGUGGGAGAAUACGGUGGGUGGGUCCUCGAUGCAUUUGACGCGGUUAUUGCUUGCACAGCCAGUGGAAUCACAGGGGGAGAACUCGAGCACGAAGCUGAUAUGGACCAGAGCUGGGGCGAAUAUAGCAGGGUGAUUAUGGACGAUCUACGGGAAGCAGAAACGUUGAUUGACAAAGCGAAGACGCGAUUAAAUGUUUCGUACCGAGAAUUAUCUGCUAGUGUCGUUUUGGCAGAGGGAAUAUGGUUGAUUGUCAUCGCCAUCAAAUCACUAUCGUACGUACGAUACAUUCCUUCCACAUCUUGUCCCUCUUCUGAAGAUAAUUACGAAGAUAAUUACAAUCAACACAGCGAAGUUCUCUGCGAGCAAAAUCUGGAAAAAGCUAUCUUACACGUAGCAACUGCGGCUGAGAGCAAACCUUCCCAGAUUAGAUAUUGGUAUCUCAUCGGAUUGCUCUCAGCGACAAUGGAGCAAUGGGAAGCUGCACAAAGUGCACUAGAGAAAGGCGCUGCACUUGGGGAGGUUCUCGAUGUUGCACAAAAUGUUCAGAAUUUGACUGAUACCCAGAGCACCACGAGACUAAGUGUUCCUUCGCAAGGAACAGCAAAAGUUAAUGACCACUCACCACGUGCUAUUACCCAGAGCUUACUCCCGUCUUCAGAGCUGCUACAAGUUGUUGCUGAUCAUCCUGAACUAUCAAAGCAUGUGAAGUUUGAAUACGUACUACAGUUGAGGAAGACGCAGGUAGCAAUGAUAGAUCAAGAUCAAUUAUCCUUAGCGAACAUCAGUUCGACUGAGCUUCAGCCUGCAACUCCUAUCAUGAUAUCUCCCGCGAUUUCGGACUGUCGGAGGUAUCUUGCGAAUCGUCAAAACCCGCUUGACGUCAAGAAGAAGAAGAGGAAUGAAAUAGAGUCGGACAAUGUAUCUGAUUCACACCUUCGGAUUUCUGCACACAUUCACGACCGGGACGCGUCAAAAUCUAGAGAAAUGCAACAAAAAUUGAAAAGCCAGGUCGACAAAGGGAGUGCUCGGAUUAGCACGAUUUCGAAGAAAAUUGGUCAAGGUGUAGUAAAGAAUGGGAGUUUGAGAAGAUUUGUAUACAGUCCUACGUCCGAGAUUCUACCAAGCUUUGUCGAUCCAUUCUCGCAGACGUUGUCUACAUCCGAUUCCAAAUGGAAUCGUCGCACCACGAAGGAAAACCGUCCGCCAAGCGACCUAUGGCGAAUGCCGACGGCUAUCUUCAGGCGCUUGGGCAAAAUUGAGCAAGCAAAGGGUGCCAUAGAGGAGGCGGAAGGGAGGGAUGAAAGCAAUCCGGGUGUCUGGGUGCAGCUUGGUCUCUACUAUGUUGCUCUAGACCGAUUUCUUGCAGUAACAGAGCCUUUUCAAGAAAAAGCUGUUCCAGAGGAUGUUGAUUUUGUGGCAGGAUUUUUAGUUCAUCUCACUCAAGAUGCAGGUUGGGAUGUUGCUGAACCUUGGAAUUUUCUUGCAAAAGCGUAUGGCAUGCAAGGUCGCAAAGAACGGGAGCGAAAUUGUUUGACCUUAGUUCUGAAGCUUUCGGAAAAUAGGGGUGUAAGAAGUUUGGGUGCUGCUCUAGAACUGGGUCUGUGA